CGGAAGUGUCAUCCAGGAGACUGCACGCAGCUCGUUGCGUGGAGCUGCACUUUGAUCUGUUCAAGUUCACGGUCCGGAAACAGGAGUGGGACUUUUGCGGGUAAUGUCGGCCAGCGGGGAAGCCGUGUUUCGGGCCGUGGAGACGCCGCUGCUGUGGCUCGGAGCCCUGACCGCCGCCUGGCUGUCGCUGUGCUCCGCGGGCCGGCUGCUGUCCGGGGUCAGGGUGUGGUUGCUGGGCAACGGGCGGCUGGUGUGCCCGGGCGGCCUGGGCAGGUGGGCAGUUGUGACGGGAGCCACAGAUGGGAUUGGCAAAGCAUAUGCAGAGGAGCUUGGCCGCAGAGGUUUUUCCAUCGUUCUGAUCAGCCGCUCUCAGGAGAAGCUGGAUGACGUAUCAAAAUCAAUUGCCAGUAAAUGUGGGGUGGAAACCAAAACGAUUGCCGCAGACUUCAGUGCCACAGAUAUCUACUCUAAGAUUGAAGAUGGGCUUGCAGGACUGGAGAUCGGAGUGUUGGUAAACAACGUUGGAAUAUCUUAUUCUUACCCUGAAUUCUUCCUCAACGUUCCCAAUCUGGAUACUUUCAUCGACACAAUGGUCAACAUUAAUAUAACAUCGGUGUGCCAGAUGACGCGUCUUGUUUUACCGCGGAUGGUAGAGAGGAAGAAGGGCGCAAUCCUUAACAUCUCGUCUGCCAGUGGGAUGUACCCUGUCCCUCUCCUUACAGUCUACUCCGCCUCCAAGGCAUUUGUGGACUUCUUUUCACGAGGACUUCAAGCUGAAUACAAGAGCAAAGGGAUCAUCAUUCAGAGUGUUUUGCCAUUCUUCGUUGCCACCAAGCUGAGUAAAAUCCGGCGGGCGACGCUGGACAAGCCCAGUCCCGAGCGCUACGUUGCAGCUGAGCUCAGCACCGUGGGGCUCCAGACGCAGACCAACGGCUACCUGCCACACGCUAUUAUGGGUUGGGUGACUACGGCUCUGCUCCCAGCCAAGAUGCUCAACAGCUACGUGAUGGGGAUGGGUUUGUCCCAGCGUGCUCGUUACCUCAAAAAGCAGAAGCAGGGAUAGAUGGAUCAGCAGAGGCUGGAGCUGCGUGGACAGACAGAGGGAACAGCUGCGUUAAUGACCCGUCCAACUACCGUCAUCCUCAUGGACCAAGCAGAGAAAAUUGGACUAUUUUCUAGGCAACAUCUCAGUAUUACAAUUGUUCAGUCCAAAAUAACAUUAAAAAAGAGCAAACAAAGAAAAAACAUUUGGACCAAGUGGUGCUCCUUCAAUAAACAGCUUUAAUGGAAAAAUUCAAAUCAAAUCCAAAACCGUACCGUCAUUCUUCCCAAUGUGAUGAUGAAUUAAGCCUAGAAUAGAUUGAAGAGAUUGAUUUAGGUUUGUGGCUGAUGUGAUGCUUCUGUACGUCACUGUAGCUCAGAGCUAUUUGAUAAAGCUCUGGAGUUCGUAUUUAACUUCUUUUGUCUUUUCUAAAGAAAGCACUAAAACGAGGAGUUGUAAUGAUUGAUAACUAAUAAUUCAAUUUUUGUUUACUGAAAUAACCCUUUCAUCUUUGUACUUUUCUGUAAAACGGUUCAGUUCAUGUGUUCAUAUAGCAUGUCUGCGCACAGUGUGAUUACUUGUCUCGACUGGUUUUUAGUCAACUUCCCAGUGUUUGAAUACUUCCACAUAACAUUUCGCUCACAUUAACUGCUGAAGAAACUGCUGAAGAGAAAACAUGUUUUGCUCAGGAGCAGCAGCUUUAUCUGGCAUCUGUGUUGUUUUUGAGUUAUCCGGACAUUUGUGUCAAACUCCAAAGACAUUGCAGUUGUGCUUCCUGUCAUUAAUAAAUAUGCUUUUCAAAUUA